CCUGCACACGCCGCGCAAGAGUAGGAAAACGUGUAGUCGGAUCAUGGGUAAAUCAACGAGCAAACGCGGCGAUAAGGCAGCCACACAAAAGGCCUCGACGAACUCCUUUAUCCCUGUUGACGCAAACGCAUUGGACAGCAAUCUUUCCUCGCUGUUUGCAAGCAGUCUUGGACCAGUGAAGCCACCCCCAAAGUCUCGGUACCAAGAUCUUUCGACGAAGCGCAACGUGGAACAAGCAACCGAAGGACAGGACGACGAAGACGCGGCUGAGAGCGGGGAGGAUGAUGAGGAAGAAGAGGACUCAGAAUCAUCUGAUGUAGAUGAUAACAUAGAUGGCGAUGGUGCAGACGCGACUGCUGAAUCAAGCAUGGCCUCCAGCGACGUGGGCGGGGACGAAUCGGAGCCUGAGGACAUUGAGUCGGAUAAUGAGUUGGUUCUAGCCAAGGUGCGGGAGUCUUUGCUCACUGGAGAGCAAAACCAGUCCAAUAAGAAGCGGAAGCGUUCUACGAAGGAGGAGGAACUGGAGGAUGUGUACAUGCAGAAGUUGGCCCGCGAAGAGGCCAAAGAGGAGGAGAAACGCAAGAAGAAACGGAAAACCGAAGGAACGCAGGAAGAAAGUGAUGGCGCCAGUGAGGAGGAUUCUGAGGAGGAAGGUUAUACUAUCCCAAAACACGAAACCCAGAUGGGCUCAGAUGAUAUGCAGGAGCUUGAGAAGGCGGCUCGUACUGUGUUCCUGGGCAAUGUAUCCAGCGAGGCAAUCACGUCCAAGUCGGCCAAGAAGACGCUGAUGCGCCAUCUCUCUUCCUUUAUCGAUGAUCUGGCAGACAACAAGCCUCCACACAAAGUAGAGUCUCUGCGGUUCCGGUCGACCGCAUUCGCGAGCGCUCUUCCGAAGAAAGCCGCAUAUGCCAAGAAAGAGAUUCUGGAUGCCACCACGAAGAGCACGAACGCAUACGCUGUUUAUUCCACGCAGUUAGCCGCUCGCGAAGCUGUCAAGAGGCUGAACGGGACCAUAGUGCUGAACCGCCACCUUCGUGUUGACUCCGUUGCCCACCCAGCUAAGACAGAUCAUCGCCGCUGCGUUUUCGUCGGUAACCUCGGGUUUGUUGACGACGAAAGCAAGAUAAAUCCUGAUGAAGGUGAUAAAAAGAAGAAAAACAAACCCCCGAGCGACGUUGAAGAGGGACUAUGGGUACACUUCAGCAAAGCGGGCAAAGUGGAAAGCGUCCGCGUUGUACGAGAUGCCAAGACCCGUGUCGGCAAAGGCUUUGCGUACGUCCAAUUCGAGGACGAGAAUAGUGUUGAGGCCGCGCUGCAGUUCAACGAUCAGAAAUUUCCACCAUUGCUGCCGCGCAAGUUGCGCGUGGUGCGCGCGAAGGCCAUUAAGCGAAAGGAAAAGAAGCCCGCCCAAUCGGCGAAAGGUCCCAAGUCGAACGGCGUAUACAACGCUAAGGUCACAGAGGAACAGAGGACGAACCGAGGCCGCGCUCGCGCUAUGCUGGGUAAAGCUGGCGCAGCGAAAUCGAAAGACUUUGUCUUUGAGGGACACAGAGCAAGCAGUAAGCAGGGCAAUAGUGGGUUGAAACUUGGAGGGAAGCGGAAGGGAAAACCGACGAACAGGAGUAGCAGGAGGGCUGCAGCAUGGAAGAAAGCGGGUGGGAAGGCGUAGCCGAGGAAGGUUGCGUAAUUCUCGACUCUGAGGACGUUUUGACUGUUCAUGUCUGGAGAUCGUGAUACCAAGUCCUUAACUCUGCUGAAUCGGCCCAUGCUCCAUGGCCAUCGAUUAGCAACCUCGUAAGCGCGUAACGGCUGUACUCCUCAUUCUUGUUUCUGUGAGCUCGGGAUCAUAUUCUAUUUCUCCUGAGGCAAUGCAAAGUGGUGAACAG